GGCGGCGGAGGCGCGGGCGGGGGCCUGGCGGCCGGGCAGGGGCGCCAUGGCGGCGGCCGAGACGAAGAUCAUUUACCACCUGGACGAGCAGGAGACGCCGUACCUGGUGAAGCUGCCGAUCCCGGCCGAGCGCGUCACCCUCGGCGACUUCAAGGGCCUCCUCAACCGCCCCAACUACAAGUUCUACUUCAAGUCCAUGGACGACGACUUUGGGGUGGUGAAAGAAGAGAUCUCGGAUGACAAUGCCAAGCUUCCCUGCUUCAACGGCCGGGUGGUGUCGUGGCUGGUGUCUGCAGAGGGUUCCCACUCAGAUGCUGGCUCGGUCUGUGCCGAUAACCAGACAGAGCUGCCACCUUCCAUGGAGCGCACAGGAGGAAUUGGAGACUCCAGGCCCCCCUCUUUCCACCCUAACACCGGGGGGAGUCGGGAAAACUUGGACAAUGAGACAGAAACAGACUCAGUGGUGUCCUCACAAAGGGAACGACCUCGUCGGACAGAUGGGCCUGAGCAUGCACCCAGGGUGAAUGGGACCGUGAAGGGAGAGCGGCGCCGAGACCUGGGUGGGUACGAGAGCUCCUCCACACUCAUGAGCAGUGAGCUGGAGACCACCAGCUUCUUCGAUUCAGAUGAAGAUGACUCCACCAGCAGGUUUAGCAGUUCAACAGAGCAAAGCAGUGCUUCCCGUCUCAUGAGGAGGCACAAGCGGCGCCGGCGGAAACAGAAGGCUCCACGCAUCGAGCGGUCAUCGUCCUUCAGCAGCAUAACAGACUCCACCAUGUCCCUGAACAUCAUCACAGUCACGCUGAAUAUGGAGAAAUACAACUUUCUGGGCAUUUCUAUUGUGGGACAGAGCAAUGAGCGUGGCGAUGGAGGCAUUUACAUUGGCUCUAUCAUGAAGGGUGGUGCUGUGGCAGCUGAUGGCAGGAUUGAGCCGGGGGACAUGCUCUUGCAGGUAAAUGACAUCAACUUUGAGAACAUGAGCAACGAUGAUGCUGUGCGGGUGCUGAGGGAGAUUGUGCACAAGCCAGGGCCCAUCACCCUGACGGUGGCUAAGUGCUGGGACCCCAGCCCGCGGGGCUGCUUCUCGUUACCCAGGAGUAAGUGGAUAGCUGACCCACCCUUAACGCUGGUGCCCAGCUCAUUUGCUCCCCAGCGGAUCUGGGCUGGGCCAGACUCUCCAUGCUCCGAUCCGGGUGAGCCCAUCCGGCCCAUCGACCCGGCAGCCUGGGUGUCUCACACGGCAGCGAUGACUGGCACCUACCCAGCGUACGGUAUGAGUCCAUCCAUGAGCACAAUCACUUCCACCAGCUCCUCCAUCACCAGCUCCAUCCCAGAGACCGAACGCCUCGAUGACUUUCACCUGUCCAUCCACAGUGACAUGGCCACCAUUGUCAAAGCCAUGGCCUCACCAGAGUCAGGCCUCGAGGUGCGUGACCGCAUGUGGCUGAAGAUCACCAUCCCCAACGCCUUCAUUGGUUCAGAUGUGGUGGAUUGGCUCUAUCACCAUGUGGAGGGCUUUACAGACCGCCGUGAAUCCCGCAAAUAUGCCAGCAAUCUGCUGAAGGCUGGCUACAUCCGACACACCGUGAACAAGAUCACCUUCUCAGAGCAGUGCUAUUACAUCUUCGGGGACCUCUGUGGAAACAUGGCUAAUCUGUCUCUUCACGAUCAUGAUGGCUCCAGCGGUGCCUCCGAUCAGGACACUUUGGCUCCGCUCCCCCAUCCAGGAGCCGCACCCUGGCCUAUGGCUUUCCCGUAUCAGUAUCCACCGCCUCAUCCAUACAACCCCCAUCCCGGCUUCCCUGACCCAGGCUACAGCUACGGAGGGGGCAGUGCAGGCAGCCAGCACAGUGAAGGGAGCCGGAGCAGUGGUUCCAAUCGCAGUGGCAGCGAGAGGAGGAAGGAGAGAGAGAAGACCGGGGAGUCGAAGUCAGGUGGCAGUGGGAGCGAGUCAGACCACACCACGAGGAGCAGCAUGAGGCGUGAGCGCGCGGCCAGCGAGCGCUCGGUGCCGGCCAGCCAGCACAGCCAGCGCAGCCAGCACUCCCUGGCUCACAGCAUCCGCAGCCACCACAGCCAGCAGUCCUACGGGCCGCCCGGCCUCCCCCCUCUCUUCAGCCCCCCCAUGUUGCUGAUGCCUCCACCACCUUCAGCCAUGGGGCCCCCCGGGGCACCGCCGGGCCGUGACCUGGCCUCUGUGCCCCCUGAACUGACAGCCAGUAGACAGUCCUUCCGAAUGGCCAUGGGCAACCCCAGUGAGUUCUUUGUGGAUGUAAUGUGAAGCGCCCAUCCCCUGUCUGUCUGCUGCCCCUCCUUCCCCCCCUCUGUCCCUGUCGUUUGUUUCCUAGGACCAGCCCUGGCUUCGCCCCUUUUUUUUUGAUUUUGUUUUGUUGGGUUUUUUUGUUUUGUUUUUCUUUUUUGUUUUGUUCUUUUUUUUUUGUCUUGAUAAUGAAAAGAAAAAAAAGGGAAAAAAAUAAUAAAUGGAACUAAACCUUGA